AAGCAGCUGUACUUGGGUGGAUUCGAGAAGCUGGCGGGAAACGUGUUACAUUUUUUUGUAGUGGUACCGUGACAUGAAUGUCAUGUAAACAAUGUCAUUUGCACGUUUCAAAUUAUUGUUUUGAAAGGUUUAUAAGAUAGAAUAAUAGUGGCAACCCAACAUGGUGCAAAUCAUCAUCUCAAGUGCCCCGGGUGACAGCCCAGUUGAGUGGCUGCUGCUGGAGCUCCAGGGGGAGGUAGUGUCACGUCACAACACCGGCAUGGCAGGGAGCAUCAUGGGAGAUAUGCACUACACUAAGGAGGGUGUUCCCAUCCUCAUCGUGGGCCAUCACAUCCUCUAUGGGAAGCAAGUGAAGUUGGACAAGCCCUUUGCCGUCCUGGUGAAGCGUUCUGGCCUUCAGCCGGACGGGGAGGCCAUGGAAACCAACCAUGACACGCCUACCUCAUACACCGUCACCGCCCUCAUCAAGAAGAAACUGAUCUUCAAGACCCGACCGAAACCCAUCAUCACCAAUGUGCCCAAGAAGGUGUAGAAUACGGCCCCCGCCAGAGAGAAACUGAGACUUAGGGGUGGGCCCAUCAAGAUCAGAGACUGGUGGAUGAGUGUUAGAUCUCUGCCAGACAAAUCUUGAAACAUUGGCUGUGCCUUUGACAUCCACCCAGAUGAAGACAGAUCAACCAUGAGAUUUCUCUAGUAGCUCCACUGAGUUCUUCGAUUGUGUGAUUUUCAGAUGUCCGUACAAGAGGACGGAAAGUGAAGAGUUGACAAAGUAUAAAUUGUGUAAAAAUGGGAGAAAAGUGGUUUAAAGCAGUUGAAUUCAGAUAAUAUUUAUUGUUCUUAAAAACAAUACUUUACAGAUAUCAUAUUGUCUGCAAAAAUAAACACCGUUUGAAUUAAAA